CCUACGAGUCCAGUCAUGCUGGAGACACUCGGACUCUGGGCUGGACUCAGUUCCUUCCUGCGGCGCUGCAGCCUCCAGCCCUGCGCUGCCCAAGGACGCGCGCACAGGAAAAGGCCCCUCCAGGAGCGCUUGGAAGGGGGGCACCCUGCGGAUGGGGCUCCACAGGACCCCCGCUCAAGCUCCCAGAGCACCCCGGGGUCCCGGGGAGCAGGCAGCCCCCGCGCCCGGCGGGAUUCGCUGCUCCCCACUCCCACUCGGUUCCCCCGACUGAAGCCCACCCUGACCGCAGAACCCCCCGCGGGCUCCGCCGGGAGCCCCUGGCCCGCGGCCGUGCAGGGAACGCGGCCGUGCUCCCGUCCUGGCCGCCGUGAGGAACCCUCGAGGAAUCCUCUGGCAGCGCCGGGAGAUGCUCCCGGCGAGGCAGGGCCAGCCGGAGCCGCGGGCGGGCGGCUGCGGUCCCGCGGCAGGUGCUGGGGCCGCGGGGGUGGCACCGGAGCCUGGGGGGUGGCCAGGACCCCCCGGUUCUGGUCCCUGAGCGAGCGGCUGGGCGCUGGCAGCGGGGACAUGGGGCUGGCUCCGGGUGACACCAACUCGUGCCCUGGGCUGGGGUAUCCCCGUCUCAGCUGCGCACACCCCUGGAAGGGGGAGGGAUGCAGCCCCCUCCCCUCCCCACCCCUCCCUUCCCCUCCCCUCCACACACCUGGGGAAUGGGGAGCCCCCCGGCACGGCUCCCCCCUUGCAUGGAGCAGGGGGUGCUGCUUUCACAGCCAGGACCCCCCAUUUGGCGAGGGCAGUGCCGGGGGGCACCGGGAGGGGAUCAGGAGCCGGGGACACCCCGGCCCCGUGGGGACAGAGGUGUCGCCGGGGAUUGGGGGCGACAGGGCGACAAGUUCGGGGCUCCUCUCUACAGCCCCAGGCCCGACCCCCGCCCCGCUGCGCUCCGCCCCGGGCCGGCCGCGGCUGCCCCGGCGCCUCCCCGCGCCCUCCCGGCCGGGGCGCGGCUAUAAGGAGCGGCGGGGCCGGCGGCGGGCGCGGGGCGGCGGAGCGACGGGCGCGGCAGGUGUGGGGGACAUGAGCGGGGACAUGCGGGCCCUGCUGUGCCUCUGGCUGGUGGCCCAGGUGGCCCAGGUGGCCGCGUCCUCGCGGGUCCGCACCCGCCGGGAGCUGGGCCCCGGUUUGUACCAGCACGGGGUGUACGACGCCGGGGGCUCGUACUGCCAGCGGGGGGACGUGUGCUGCCACGGCCGCGACGACGCCUGCACCGUGCCCUAUCACGACACCCUCUGCUACUGCGACCUCUUCUGCAACCGCACCGUGUCCGACUGCUGCCCCGACUUCUGGGAAUACUGCCUGGGCAUCCCGGCGCCCUUCCCCAAAGCCUCAGGCUGUGCCCGUGCUGGACGCGAUUAUCCCACCGGGGCCACGUACAGGGAGAACUGCAACCUGUGCACCUGCGGCCCCGGCGGGCAGUGGCAGUGCGAGGACCACGCGUGCCUGAUGGACGGGGAGCUGAUCGACGCCGUCAACAGAGGCAAUUACGGCUGGAGAGCCGCCAACUACAGCCAGUUCUGGGGGAUGACCCUGGAGGACGGGAUCCGGCACCGCCUGGGCACCUUCCGACCUUCCCCCACCGUCAUGAACAUGAACGAGAUGCACAUGAACAUGGACUCCAACGAGGUGCUGCCGCGUCACUUCGAUGCCGCGGCCAAGUGGCCCGGGAUGAUCCACGAGCCGCUGGACCAGGGCAACUGCGCGGGCUCCUGGGCGUUCUCCACGGCCGCCGUGGCCUCGGACCGCAUCUCCAUCCACUCCAUGGGACACAUGACCCCCGCGCUGUCCCCGCAAAACCUCCUGUCCUGUGACACCCGCAACCAGCGCGGCUGCAGCGGGGGGCGCCUGGACGGGGCCUGGUGGUACCUGCGGAGGAGAGGGGUGGUGACAGACGAGUGCUACCCGUUCACGAGCCAGCAGAGCCCACCGGCAGCCGCGCCCUGCAUGAUGCACAGCCGCUCCACGGGCCGGGGCAAGCGACAGGCGACAGCGCGGUGCCCCAACCCCCAGACCCACUCCAACGAGAUCUACCAGUCCACGCCCGCCUACCGCCUCUCCUCCAGCGAGAAGGAGAUCAUGAAGGAGCUGCUGGAGAACGGCCCGGUGCAAGCCAUCCUGGAGGUGCACGAGGAUUUCUUCAUGUACAAGAGCGGGAUCUAUCGGCACACGCCGGUGGCCCAGGGGAAGGGCCCGAAGCACCAGAGACACGGGACCCACUCGGUCAAAAUCACCGGGUGGGGAGAGGAGCAGCUUCCUGAUGGCCAGACCCAAAAAUACUGGACGGCGGCCAACUCGUGGGGCACGGGGUGGGGCGAGGGCGGCCACUUUCGCAUCGCCCGCGGCGUCAACGAGUGCGAGGUGGAGACUUUCGUGGUGGGCGUUUGGGGCCGCGUCAGCAUGGAGGACAUGCCCCACAAGUGAGCCCCGCCGUGUCCCUGUCCCCACCGCGGGCAUGGCACGGCGGGCGGGGGGCUGGCGCUGUCCCCUGGGUCCCCUGGCCGGGGGCUGCGCGUCCCCGCCGUGCUGACUCAGCGGCUGGGUGCAGCGGGACGUGCCUGGGGGGAGCCCCGGGGGCUGCUCCCAUCUCCCGUGGGAUUGACCCGCUAAUCCCCCCGCCCCGGGCUCGGCCGGGCUGCGGUGGCGGCGGGGGGCUCUUCAAAGGCAGCUGCACCCCCCCGAUCCCGGCUGGACCCUCCCUUUCCCCGAUGGAGGGGGCUGGGAGGGGACCCCCAUGUCCCUGCCCCUCCCGUCCGGGCCCCACCAGCUCCUCCCAGCAGGGCAGCGCUGGAGCUGGGGGUGUAAAUCCCCCAGCGAGGGGGUCCCCUGAGCCCCCAGGGCUGGGUGUCGCCAGGAUGGGGUCCCCUCCGUCCCCCCCAGCCCGUCCCUAUGGUGCUAUGGCCCUGCCACCCCCCACCCCGGGGACAGCAGGGACAAGGGAGGGCUCAGCCCCGUGGUGUCCCCGUCCUGGUGGUGGCACAGGUGGGGUCCCCGCAGCCAGCACAGCCCGUGACCUCCCCCACACCCCCCCAACACAAGGGCUGUACUUUUAAGACUUUUUUUUGUGUAUUUAUUUUGCUUUUUAUGGUUUGUAAAUAAAGUU